AUGGCAGUUUUGCUCCCAUAUAUGAACUUUACGGACCACGAGGCGUUCAAUUGCAUCCUUUCCUGCACUAUAUUGUCUACUGCCGUCUUGAUCACCAGCUUAAUAUCCAUCUGUCGCUUGCGAUGGCUCAGUAGAGCCCGAGUGUCAGAUUUAACACCCCCUGCGACCCCGACAACCACACCCGCUGCAACACAGUGCUUCUUUCGGACCUGGAGGCUUCGAAUGGUAUCAGUGGAGAUGGUUCUUAAUUAUUUACGGUUCAAAUCGAGGGUUUCGCCCAUAAUACCAUCACCAGAGAAGACACUACUUCCCAAUCUCUCUCAAAAUGAACAGGCGAGCUUAGCCUACCACCCGGAUUCGUUACCGGGUGGGAGAUGGCUACAAACUCCUACUGGGCGGCUCAGAGUAUACGAAUUCGGACCCGAGGAUGGGAAGAGAGUUUUAUUCGUCCACGGCAUAUCGACACCUAGCAUAGUUGCUCGAGACCUGCUUUUGAAUCUCGCUGCGAGGGGCUGUCGUGUAAUGGUUUUUGACUUACCAGGAAGAGGUUAUUCCGAAUGCUGCAAGGUAACGCCUCAGGACAUGAGGCUCUACUCUGCUCUCAUUGUCAUGGUUACAACAUCUUCAACGGCUGCGGGUGGUUUCUUACCCUUUAACAUUAUCGGGUACUCUCUUGGUGGUGGCAUUACUGUUUCCUUCGCAUCACAGUUCCCGCACUUAGUAUCUUCAAUCGCAGUUGUUUCGUCAGCUGGUCUUUUACCUUACGCAUUUGCACCCUUGGGUAUGAAGUGCAGCCUGAUCCCCUGGAUUCCAGUAUGGCUCGCAGACAAACUUCUCACCACAAAGCUUAAGGGAGAGGAGGAAUCUCCGGACGACCUCUCACUUGAUGAAACUGCUAACACCAUCGCACCUACGCAAUCCGUAAACGUAGGGCCUGUUGAUGUUUUCUCGGUCAUUCGCUGGCAGAACCGUCAUCAAAAGGGCUUCAUGAGCGGGUAUGUCAGCAGUAUGAGGAACGGACCUAUCUUCGACCGUGUUGAGGAGUGGACAGAGGUUGGAAGACUACUUAAGGGUAAUCGAUUUGCCAAUCCACGAUGGGAUGAGAAGAAGCCCGCCCAAAUGCUGGUGGUUUAUGGAGAGAAGGAUGAUUUGACACCUCCGAUGCUGCUGGACAGGAUCAAGGGGUGUGUUGGAGACGAACAUGUCAAGGGAGUUGUUGUAGAAGGGGGUGGACAUGAGAUUGUGGUUUAUCAGUGGGAUCGUGUUUUCCAAGAAAUAAUUGACUUUUGGGAGUUGUAG